AUGGGCUAUAGAGAAGGCUUCAGCCAGUGGUGGGCUUGUUUGCCGGCCGCAGCAGCAGAGCAUAAAGUUCUGUCCUACCUGCCUUACCUUCAGCACAACCCUCCCACCCAUCGACAGACGGGAAACACCUCGGACGUCCCUGCAGGCACGCCUGAUAGCCUUCAAGCUGCAGACCCCAGUCAACAGGGAGACGUGUCAAUCAACUCCCUCAAUGAUCCGUACGGCCCUCGUCGAUGGCGCUCUACUAUGGUUGAGCUGAGUGGGAAGGACCGGGCGCUCAAUGAAUUUUCCGUGGAGAGGGUUGGCGAGGAUGCUGAUCAGCAUCUGGUUAUGCUUCACGGAUAUGGCGCUGGACUGGGCUUUUUCUACAAAAACUUUGAACCGCUGAGCCGGCUCAAAGGGUGGCAACUUCAUGCCCUGGAUAUGCUGGGCAUGGGUCGCAGCACCCGUCCUCAAUUUCGCAUCAAGGCGAAAGAAAAGGAGGAGGCUACACGGGAGGCUGAAGACUGGUUUGUGGAUGCGCUGGAAGAAUGGCGUGUUAAACGCAAAAUUGAUCGAUUUACUUUGCUCGGUCAUAGUCUGGGCGGAUACAUGGCAGUCGCCUAUGCUCUCAAAUAUCCAGGCCAUUUGAACAAACUCAUUCUCGCGUCUCCGGUGGGAAUACCAGAAGACCCAUUUGCUGUUGCGGCCGGAAUGCCGGAGCACUCUGAGUCGACCAUGGCCAACGAGUUCACACAGGAUCAAUCCAAAAUCACAGAAUCCUCGUCAGCGGUCCCUCCUCCUGGAAUGUUGCAGCAAAAAGGCGAUGGCAACACCCUCCUCACUCGGCAGACUGUAGACGCACAGUCUGAUCGCCCUCCCCGUCGCACUCUUCCCAGGUGGUUUGCCUAUCUCUGGGAUGCUAACAUCUCUCCCUUCAGCUUGGUUCGGUGGACUGGACCCUUUGGGCCGCGAAUUGUAUCCGGCUGGACCUCUCGAAGAUUCUCCCACUUGCCAGCAGCAGAGGCCAAAGCCCUGCAUGACUACUCAUAUUCGAUCUUCAGUCAGCGAGGGAGCGGAGAGUACGCUCUGACAUACAUUCUCGCCCCCGGUGCUUUUGCUCGCAGUCCUCUUAUCAGACGGAUCCAGGGUGUUGGACGGCAAAUCAUCCAGUCGUCCUCUUCCACACCCCCCUCGCUACCAGCCGAAGCUACAGAAACAUCUCCCCACCAGUCCACUUCCGAAUCGCCUGUUAAACCCGAACCCUCUUCAUUGCCACCCGCCAGACGUGAGAACGGUAUCCCCAUCAUCUUCAUGUAUGGUGACCACGACUGGAUGGACGCAGCAGGUGGUCUCGCAGCCCAGACCAAGAUCGAAGAAGAAAAGCGACGUGCCCUCGAGAAUGCCACAGCAGAAGAACGCAAGGCAGACAACGGCUCUGCCAAGGUGGUCAUCGUCAAGGGAUCAGGACACCAUGUCUACUUGGAUGCGUGGGAAGAUUUCAACAAAAUGGUUUUAUCCGAGAUGGAAGAGGUUGGCCGGCGAGAGAGAAAUGGGAAGCUAUGA